UGUCGACGUAUGAAAGCGUAACGACUUCCUGGAAGGAGGAAGUGAUGUGAUAGACGGUCCACACUAUGUAAAUGUGAAUUAAUGGAACGUGGCUUUCACGGUUUGUGUUUAAAAAAAGGAAAUAUUCGGCUUACUCAGGGGAUGUCGUUCGUGUUUCAGGCUUUCAGUAUGACAGGAUUUUCAGCCUCAGAGAAACAGUUUAUGAAGGUAGAGAAUGUGUUGCCAGGUGUGUAGCUAGCUGCUCAUCUUAGCUGAAAGAAAGACUGAGGUAAACUUUAGGCUAUAAUUAUCGACAAACAAAACCAGAUGAGUUCCAACUCUUAGAGGCGGAAGUAGACUUUUAGUAGUAAUUUGUCAGCUGUGAGGAAAAAUAGAUACAUUGUGGAGAGCUGGUAGGUCUGUAACUAGCAUAUUGUGUACCAGGGAAGGAAUAGACUGCUUUGUGUAAAUACUCAGCGCGGUUAUGGCACACAACCUCGAAAGUUUAUCAAACUCGGGUCUGCUCGCUGAGCUGUCCGUUUCCUUCCAUGAUGAACUCACGACCAGCAUCCAAAGCGCCUUCAGUGUGGCUGGAGAGCUGGCGGUAUCCGAGGUGUCAAAAGUCGUCGGGAAAGCUUUCCGUGAUAUGCGAGAUCAGCUGCACAAAACCCUGUUGGCUAACAGGAACCUCAGGACGAGGCUCACGCUGGCGCAGACGGAGCUGCGCAGCGCGCAGAGUCGCACGCCGCAGACGCGCGACAUCGCAGUCAACACGAGCCCGAACGCGUCCGAACCACGAAUCGACUCCUCGCUCGACGUCAAACAGACCCAUGAAGACGUUCCCGGGGAUUCGUUUGAGUGUCGUACGGAUUCGUUUUGCGAGAUCGGAGAGGACGGAAUCGAGUGCGUAAAGGAUGUUAAACCCAAUCUAACAGGAGAUGAGUUUUCACACCAGUUACAAGAGACACAAGACAUAAAAGAGGACCUUCACGUCAUGCAGGAGCACGCUUUACAUGCUGAUCAGGUAUGCAUUGAGACAGUAAUGGUACCUGGAGCUUCAGCUGUCCAGAUAAAGGGCUGUAUAUCCUAUGAGUCUAAUCAUGCAGCAAAGUUGGAGGAGGCUCAUCAGUGUGCUCACCCUUUGUCUGAAGCCGAGCAAGAGUUUAGCUCGGAGUCCCUGUCGAUGGCCCAGUCAAAGUUAUUGGAGGAUUGGAGACCUGAACCACUGCAUCUUCAGAGUUGCCAGUCAGAUUCAUAUGCAUCAUCUGGCAGCUCUGCUCUGGCCAAUCCUUCUCUCUUGCAAGAAGAACUUCCAGGUAUGGACUUCCUUGCCUCAGCGUCCUCCAGCCAGCCGGACACGUGCCACGCACCAAUGUCCCGAAGAGAUGCCUCCUCCCUAAAUAACCCCAACUCUAAUUCGCAUUUCCCUACUCACAGCUCUGGGCAGGGGCAUGCUUUAGGGCAGUUUUCUAUGCCAGAGGAUGUGCAUAGAUUUCGCAGUGUCAUGCAGCCUAAACUGGCAACCCAUCAACACAAAAGUCCUAAACGCAGCUUGUACCCUCCUGGGCGAAGUCCUUUUCGCUGUUCACAGUGUGGCCGAGACUUUAAUCGAAUGGAGCACCUCAAGAUCCACCAAAGGAUUCAUACAGGCGAGAAACCAUAUGCUUGCUCAGAGUGCACUGCACGUUUCCGACACUCGUGGGCGCUCACACGCCACAUCCGCAUCCACACAGGCGAGAAGCCAUAUUCGUGCACACAUUGUGGGAAAAGAUUCCGGAACUGCGGUGGGCUACGCUUCCAUCAGAGGACACAUGCCCAGCGAAGUUGCUUGACAAAUAUUAGACCAAAUUUAGAGGGUUAUGGCAGAGCAUAAGUGAAACUCCUCUUCAUCAAAUCAUCAAAUUACAAAUUAUUUAGAAACUAUGACAUGACCAACCAUAAUGCAGUAGAUUUCCUGUACCAAAUAUCUGGUGUCCUGGUAUGUCUGGUAUCUGCCAGUUCUCUCCUAACCUGUAUAUUUGUAUGGCAUUUAUUGGUGAAGACAAACUGUUUAGAACUAUGCUGCAUUUUUCUUUAUGCCUGGGAACUAUGGUACCUUUUUCCUUUAUUUACUUUCACUUUAACUCAAAUUUCAGUUCAAAAUGUUAGAAGUCAAGUGAUCUUGAGCAUAAUCAUAGCAAAUUGGUGUUUGUAAGGACAUUUUACCCAACAGAACAUACUGCUAGCUCAUUUUAAAGGGCUGUGAUGCCGUAUAGUUAAAAGAAAAGCUCCCAGAUCUUUUGUUCAAUACAGUUGCUUGGGAUAAAUGCAGUCUUUAUUCUUGGGGAUUUAUACCAAUAUUGCUUAUUGAUUGAUUAUAGCAAUAUUGUAAUUUAACCAGCAUGUAUUCUGAAAAGCUGAAUGUAUCAGGAAUAUGACAUUUCUACAAUACAUGCCGUUAUUCUGUUGUGCCAAAGUAUAUUAAUUUUGCAGUUGGUAAUAGAUAAACAUUAGACAUUUUACUGUUCACACUUUUUAAAGCUACUUUAAGUGCCUGAAAACAAGGUGUUGGUGUUGACUUGAAAUGAUUCCUACUGUACAAUGUGAAUUUGUCUCAUUCCAGAUAUCUUAGAUAUCACAACACUGGAAUUAAAGAGUCUUUCACUGCC